AUGACAACGACUCGACAUGGCUUGCUCCUCUCGGUUCUGCUGCUGCUCGUCGUCAGCCUUCUUCCACCCACGAUAAACGCCACACGACUGAUUUUGGCGCCGUCUACUACUUGCGGCAAGACAGUGUCACCUCGUGCCGCAGAGUGGGCAGACGGGAUGCGGGUGGACAUGAUGUGGUGCGCUGAGCAAUCGCAGGGGGCUCCUCCAUCCAUCCUAACCCACCAUACCCCACCGCAACCUACCGCACCACGCACGAAGCUCUGCGCAAUCACGCGCGAGAGUGGCGGCGGUGGGCAGGUGGACGCGCCCCCCCUGGAUUCCCUGCCUCUUUGUCCCCCAUCUGCCAGUCACUCGCGCCACGCGCAUCUGCCAUUCACACGCGCCACUCGCAUCUGCCACUCACACGCGCCACUCGCAUCUGCCACUCACACGCGCCACCCGCAUCUGUCACUCACUCGCGCCACCCGCAUCUGCCACUCACACGCGCCACUCGCAUCUGCCACUCACUCGCGCCACUCGCAUCUGCCACUCACUCGCGCCACUCGCAUCUGCCACUCACACGCGCCACUCUCAUAUGCCACUCACACGCGCCACCCGCAUCUGCCACUCACACGCGCCACUCGCAUCUGCCACUCACUCGCGCCACUCGCAUCUGCCACUCACACGCGCCACUCGCAUCUGCCACUCACACGCGCCACCAGCAUCUGCCACUCACACGCGCCACUCGCAUCUGCCACUCACACGCGCCACUCGCAUCUGCCACUCACACGCGCCACUCGCAUCUGCACACGUUAG